AUGAUCCAACCAAUUCUUUCCAAGGAACAGAUUCUCGAGGCAGUCACAUCCAAUCCCCAAUAUUAUAACAACAUCCAAAAUGUGCAGACUCCGCGCAUCGACCCGGUCUUCUCUAAUGACGAUAAUGAGCUUUUAGCCCAGAUCGGUUAUAAGCCCGAAUUGAAAAGAAGGUUUUCCACCAUUCAGGUAUUCGGAGUCGCCUUCUCCAUUAUGGGCUUGCUCCCAUCCAUCGCAUCUAUUUUAGGCACAGCCCUUUUAGCCGGGCCUGCGGGUGCCAUUUGGGGCUGGUUGAUCUCUUCGCUUUUGAUUCUAUCCAUCGGAAUAGCCAUGAGUGAAAACGCCAGCUUCCAGCCCACAAGUGGAGGUUUAUACUACUGGACCAAUUUUUACGCGCCGCCCAGAUGGAAAACACUUAUAUCAUUCGUGGUUGGAAAUACAAACUCCGUGGCGUUGGUGGGGGCACUAUGUUCAGUGGACUAUGGGUUUGCAACCGAGGUUUUGUCAGUUGUGGUAAUUGCAAAGGACGGUGAUUUUGACAUCACUCCUGCAAAAACUUACGGCGUGUUUGUGGCAUGUGUUUUGGCCCACAUUGCACUUACAUGCGCCUCGUCAAAGCACUGUGCUUGGCUUCAGACGCUGUCAAUCAUUGUGAAUGUGGGUUUGAUUGCUAUUUUUGUCAUUGCUAUGCCGAUAGCCGCAUCAAGAGGUGAAACCCGGCCUGCCUCUUGGGUAUUUGGCAGUUUUGAAACUCUUACAGGAUUUCCGAUUGGUUGGGUGCAGCUUACUCAAGCGUGGUUGCCGGCCAUCUGGACCAUUGGUGCAUUUGACUCGUGUGUGCACAUGUCCGAGGAAUGUACCAAUGCAACCAAAACCAUACCAAUUGGAAUCAUCGGCUCCAUUAGUGCAUGCUCUAUUUUGGGGUUCAUUUUGAUGAUUGUCACGAUGUUUUCUUUGCAAACUUACGAUAUCGAGAACCAUAUAUUAGACUCCAAGUUUGGUCAACCCAUGGCGCAAAUCAUCUAUGAUGCGUUUGACACGGUUCCAGGCCAAGGGAAGAAAAUGGCAAUUUUUUUCAUGGUGCUUAUUGCAUUUGCACAGUUCUUGAUGGGGGCCUCGAUUCUCACUGCUAUCUCCAGACAGAUUUUUGCCUUUGCUCGAGACAACGGCUUGCCUAUGUCAUGGUGGAUUAAGAAGGUUAACAAAAGACUUUCAGUGCCCAUACAUGCUGUUAUUGCAGGAGGGGUGGCGGCCAUUGUUAUCGGUCUUUUGUGUCUCAUUGGAACCACUGCUGCAAACGCUCUUUUCACGCUAUACAUUGCGGGCAAUUAUUUUGCGUGGGGCAUGCCCACUUUUUUGCGGCUUUUGGCCAUGAAGGAAAAGUUUGUGCCUGGUAAAUUCUACUUGGGGGAUUUCUGGAGCAGAGUCAACGGGUGGGUAUCAACGAUUUUUAUUGUCUACACGAUAGUCAUGGUGAUGUUCCCCACAGACACAAAUCCAGACAAGAACUCUAUGAAUUACACUUGUGUGAUUACUCCUGGAGUGUGGAUUCUUUCUAUUCUCUACUACUAUGUGUAUGCCCGCAAGCAUUAUCAUGGUCCUGCCAAAACCGUUGACGAUGAUUCGGACUCAAGUGACGAGUCCACGCAAUACAUUGACGGAAUCAUUGCUGGUGAGAAAGAAGACAUUUCUGCUAUCAAGAAAUAG